AUGUUAAAUUUAUUUAUUUUGUGUUUGUGUUGUGUAAUGGGAUUGUCAGAAAAAGUGCGUUAUGAUAAUUACACAUUGUAUAAUGUACAACCGGCAACUGAAGAACAGUUACGAUAUUUGAAUGAUUUAUAUAAAGGUACUGAUGUUCUUGAUUUCUGGACUGUACCUUCAACAGUUGAAAAUCAUGUCAGUGUUGUUUCUCCACCAAAAUCAAGAGAAGAAUUUGAAAAAGCACUUGAAAGACAAGGUAUCAAUUAUGAUGUUGUACUGGAAGAUAUUCAAAAAGCAUUUGAUGAUCAAACACGGACAAGAAGGAAACGCGAUAGUGGAAUGUAUUGGACUAACUAUCAAACUAUUGAUGAAAUUUACGAAUGGUUAUAUGAGCUUGCAAGAACUAAUAGUAACGUUGUUACUUUGAUUCAAGCUGGGAGAUCUUUCGAAGGUAGAAAUAUAACUGGGGUGAGAAUAUCUCGUAAAUCUGGAAGAAAGGCUUUCUUUAUCGAUGGCGGUCAGGUCGGUGCGGAUUGGCUGUCACCUACAGUUGUCACUUAUUUAAUAAAUCAAUUGGUGACCGGAGACGACCCUGAAGCUAGGACGGCUUCAGAGGAUUUCGAAUGGCAUAUCUUCCCGAUUGUGAAUCCUGAUGGACACCAAUUUUCUCAAGAUUCUGUGAGACUUUGGAUGAAAAAUCGCAGACCAACAAGCGGUUCUGCUAUAGGAGUCGAUCUUGCCAAAAACUGGAAUUCACAAUGGGCAGUAAGCGGAGGCAGCUUCAAUCCCUCGGAUAGCAAUUACGUAGGCCUAGGCCCUUUCUCAGAGCCUGAAACGAGAUAUGUAUCGCGUUACAUUGAUACUAUCGGUACCAAUCUUGCGGGAUUAUUAUCCUUUAGAGCAUUUGGUCAAAGGCUAUUGAUACCAUUCGCACACACAACAGAUCCAAUGUACAAUUAUAGGGAUAUGUUGACGAUUGGCAGAAGAGCUAUGGGUUCAUUGGCUGUUAAGUACAAUACGCAAUAUCUUGUGGGAACUUCGAAGGAGGUCCAUGAUGGCUCCACGGGAACAAUCGCGGAUUGGGUUAAACAUCGCUUCAAUCCACCAGUUGUAGCGACAUAUCAGCUAAGAGAUAGGUCACAGGGGUACACUUUACCUGUGAACCAAGUUCUACCUUCCUGCGAAGAAACAUACGAUUCUGUAAUGGCUAUAUUGAGAGAGGCCAAGUUUAUAAAUGUUUUGUAAAGAAGCUCUA